AUGUCGGAACUUGAAAAAUUAUACUACGAUCCCGCGCAUUACGCCGGCUUCUCAGCAGUGGAAAAUCUGACACGUGCCGCUAAGCCGAAUUUCACACGUAACAAUGUCGCUCGCUGGCUGGAAUCGCAAGAUGCGUACUCGCUGCACCGUCCACUGCGCCGAAAGUUUCCUCGACUGCAUUACAACGUAACAAAUAUCGACGAUGUGUGGGAGGGCGAUUUGAUUGAGGUGCGAAAUCUUAAAAGUUAUAAUGACGGAUAUUCUUAUAUUCUCGUGAUUAUCGAUGUACUUAGUAAAUUCGUUUGGGUGGAACCAUUACGUGACAAAACGAGCGUAUGCGUGACAAAAGCUUUUCAGCGUGUACUCGCGAGAAGCAAAGGACGAAUACCUAUAUACUUGCAAACUGACAAGGGUAAAGAAUUUGUCGGGCGUGCGACGCAAAAGUUUUUGGAAGAAAACAAUAUUCGUUUUAGAGUAACGCGCAAUCCCGACAUCAAAGCAGCCGUCGUCGAACGCUUUAACAGAACGUUAAAGGAACGAAUGUGGCGAUAUUUUACGCAUAAAAAUACGCGUCGAUAUAUCGAUGUUUUGCAGGAUAUUGUGCGUGCGUACAAUCACACUCGUCAUUCGGUCACCAAAAUGCAACCAGCGGUUGUAACGAGAGAAAAUGCUCGUAUCGCGCGUGAAAAUAUAAUUCGACGGUGGAAAGACGUUAACAAAAUUAAGAAUGCUAAAUACCAUGCUGGCGAUCUCGUCCGCGUCAGUAGAGCGAAAGGCACCUUCGAGAAAGGAUACGAGGCGAAUUGGACCGAGGAGAUAUUUCGAAUUCAUCGUGUUCUUGAAUGGCGAAAACCUCGUGUGUACGAAUUAAGCGAUUUAACGGGGGAGGUCAUAGACGGGAUCUUUUACGAACAAGAAUUAGCUCGAAUCGAGAAAAACCUGCAGGAGGAAGAAUUUAUUGUGGAUCGCGUGAUAAGGAGUAAAGGACGUGGUGCUAAUAAGCAACUGCUAGUUAGCUGGCGCGGAUAUCCUAGCAAAUUUGACUCUUGGAUCCCAGCCUCGAGUUUAUCGAAUCUCCGAGAUGACGGCAACGGACCAAUUUCACAUGAUUCUUCCGAGCAAUAG